GAAACAUAAUUAGCAAAAGUACAGUGUACAUUACUCGCAGUAGUGAAGACGAAGAAGCAGCCACCUGAAAAAAAAAUAAACAAUUCCAAAAAAAAAACAAAGAUAAAUAAAAAAGGAAAGAAAGAGACAGAGAGAGAGAGACCCCACACAGCACACCAUCUUCAACCCUAACUCCGACCCAUUUUCUCUCUCACCGAACCGACGGAACCUUUGUCUCUCACUUCUCUCUCUCUCUCUCUGAGUUUUUGUUAAUGGGGAAAUACAUGAGGAAGAGCAAACUCGACGGAGAAGCAAUAUCUUUGAUGGAAGUUUCUCCAUCUUCUUCUUCGUCUUCGCUUGGUGUUCUUACUCGAGCUAAGUCCUUAGCUCUCCAACGAAAGCCCUCCUCUUCCUUCUCGCUACCGAAGACGACUGAUUGCGGCGGCUCGUAUCUUCAGCUCCGGAGUCGCCGGCUCCAGAAGAAGCCUCCAAUUGUUGUGAUCAAACGGAGAAAGCAGCAGCUGAGGAGGAAAGAGUCGUGCGGGCGUAACUCUAAGUCAGAUUCGGUUGCUGAGAGUGAUGGCAAAGAGAAGGUUUUAAGUGAUGAAAUCAACAACAACAAGGGUUCAAGCAGUGAAAGCUUAAACAGGAGCACAAGUGAAUCCACACCAUGCACUUUUAAUAGAGAGGCUGAGAUCAACACAAGUCUGGGAUCGUCCAAAAAGCUUAACAAUGGUAUUAGUGACAACAGCGACCAAAUAGAAGAGAACUUGUCGGGCAGUCACCGUCCAACUACACCUGAUAUGGACAGGUUUUUCUCCGGUGCUGAAGAAGAACAACAGAAGCAGUUCAUUGACAAGUACAACUUUGACCCUGUGAACGAACAACCACUACCAGGAAGGUUUGAAUGGGAGAAGGUAGAUAAUUAAUAGAGGGAGGGGGGUUAAUAGUUUAUACAUAAUUUAGUUACAUUUUCAUGCUAAUCACCAUAGGUUUGAUCUUAUUUCCAUCAUCCGUUUCUUAACUUUUUCCAACAUGUAAAGAAGUUAGGAUAAAAAAAACUCCAUGUAGCGUUUUCAAAUUGGUGUCUGUAACAUAAGUGGGCUGUAAAGGGGUUUGUGUAACACAUAACUGAUACCAACCCUUUUUAAGCCUAAAACAGAUCACCUUAGUAGUAGUAGUAGCGUUUAGGAGUCUUGCAUUCUCUUGCAACUCUGUCAUGUAACCAUUUUAAAAUCUAUCCUUUUGUGUGUAAACAUGUACUGAUCUCAACUCAAUAAAGAUUGUCUUCUUCUUGUUUUA